CUCAGCAAUAAAGCCACGUGACAGCGCACUACGGAUUACGACAGCUGUCAAAACGCCCCAUAUUGCCUUCAGGGAUGCAAGCUGUCCGUUCAGGAUCGACGUAGGAAACGUGUCCAGCAGUGCAUCUAAGGAAGGGACUUACACAGCUAGGGGGAGCAAACAUACACUUUCGUCCCCAGCCACAUUGAGUGGAAUACAAAACAGGAACCAUGCGACGAGCAGGUGUCUUUGUGCUUCUGGGCACACUCGCUCACGGAAGCCUGGCUGCAUCUAAGAGUCUGCCCCGAGGUGUUGGACCCGAGUUUUCCGCGUUUUACGAGAGCAAAGCUACUUUCAAAUGCAUUGGCAAUCCCUCAAUCGCCCUCAAGUCCUCCCAAAUCAACGACAACUCGUGCGACUGCCCUGAUGGUUCUGACGAACCCGGCACCGCAGCUUGCGCCCACCUCGAUCCCCUUUCUCCCGAGCAACCCCUCCUAGGCUCGCCUACCGGCACUACCAAUACCACCCGCGCUCUGCCUGGAUUCUGGUGCGCCAACGACGGCCACAUUGGAAGUUACAUUCCCUUCAUGUACGUCGAUGACGGCGUGUGUGACUACGAGCUGUGCUGUGACGGCAGCGACGAGUCUGCACACGCCGGCGGGGUCGUAUGCGAGAAUCGCUGCGGUUCCAUUGGCAAGGAGUGGCGCCGUCUUGAGGAGGAGCGCAGGCAAAGCGUGGAGCGCUCUGUUAAGCGGAGACAGACACUAGUUAAAGAGGCCCGUGAAUUACGUCGCAAGGUGGAGGUAAAGAUUACCAGCCUAAAGGGAGAGCUCGAGAGCCUCGAAGCCAAGAAAGAGGAGCUUGAAAAGAAAUUCGAGGAGGUUCAGCGAUCUGAGAGGGGAAAGGUCGUCAAGGGAGAGGGCCGGGGUGGCAAGCUUGGAGUGUUGGCUGGACUGGCGAAAACCCGCGUGUCCGAGCUUAGAGACACACUGGACAAGGUUCUAGACCAGCGCGACGAUCUGCAGGACAGAGUUGAGCAGCUGGAAGGAAUACUCACCAAAUUCAGGGAGGAUUAUAACCCCAAUUUCAACGACGAAGGCGUCAAGGCCGCUGUCAAGAGCUGGGAGGAUUAUGCAGCCUCUGCAACCGGCGACAAGAAGUCCGAACUGGCUGAUGCCGAUAUCAUGGAGGUCCUCAAAGAGGAUGGCGAGAGUUCUGGGAUCAACUGGGCCGAGUUUGAGGAAGAAGGUGCCAGUGACGCAGCCGUUGUCUACCAUCUAGAAGCUUAUCUCCCGGGCUUCGUCCGUGACUAUAUACACACCAAGAUUAAUGUUUUGCGUGUGUGGCUAAUUGAGAACGGCGUUUUGGCCGACAACCCGGACAGUGACGGCGAGUCCCGGUUGGUCAUCGCCGCCAGGGAGGCCCUGGAGACUGCCAAGAAUGAUAUUUCGUCAAAAACCACAGCAUUAGAGGAACAAAAGGGUGAUCUCCAAAAGGACUACGGACCAGACGACAUCUUCCGUGCCUUCAAGGGGAAAUGCGUCAGCACCGACGUCGGCGAAUAUGAAUAUGAGCUCUGCUGGGUCGAUAAGACGACCCAGAAGAGUAAAAAGGGGCACGGCAACACCAAUAUGGGCAACUUCGUGAGAAUAGACAGGGAACUCGCUGACGAAGAGGAGCGGGCCGAUGGAAAGGGGCUUGGUAAAGGCCAAAGAAUCGUGCUGCGGUAUGACAACGGCCAGGGAUGCUGGAAUGGACCGAGCAGACGAACCCAUGUCUGGCUAGCAUGCGCCGAGACUGACGAGGUCUGGCGCGUCAGCGAGUCCGAAAAGUGUGUCUAUAAGAUGGAAGUCGGCACGCCAGCGGCCUGCGAGGCCGUGCAAGAACCGGGCGUGAGGGCCAAGGACGAGCUAUGAUACGACUGGGGCUCGUGUGUACAGGGUAUGUGUUGUAAACAAGUAUAUGCGACCCAAAGCUAGAACUGAGCGGACCGAACUGGCCGUGGUUGGGCAGGAUUUUGUAUAUAAAAAGAACCAAGAACUUUCAAUAGUUCAUUACGCAAUUGAGUUUUGAUUCCAGUUUCGA